UUUGCAAAGCCGAAUCAUGGUGAUUUGCAGUUCUAAAUCUUAUAGCAUGGCUCUUCACGUCAAUAGCUGGCGAUUUGAGAUAAAUAGAAGCGUGACAGAGUGUUCCGUAUGUAAACAUAUUACGAAAUAGGUGUGAAAAUCAGUUUGUACUUCUGAUUCGUGGCAAGUAGUAGACGUCGUCAUACUGAUAUCGCGAGUCUAAAGUGGCGUGUUACGAAACAGAAUUUGACAGGUGCAAUUGUAUUAUAACCCUAUGUUUUCGAAGUCCUUGUGCAGUGCCCUGAGGGGAGUGAAUUCCUACCUUAUAAAAGAGGUGUUGAAGUGCCAUGUGAACAACAUGCCAAAUAUUUUUCGAUAUCAUCAUUGCAUGAUGUUACCAGAAAGUGUUUCACAGUCUCCCGAUUUCUUUUUCCGUCAGCUCUUGGAUUAUGAAAGCAGCACAUACACAUACCUUUUGGCGGACACCACUACCAAGGAAGCCGUCAUAAUUGAUCCUGUUCUUGAACAUGCUGAAAGGGAUACACAGCUCAUCAAGGAUUUGGGAUUAAAUUUAAAAUAUGCUAUGAACACCCACAUGCACGCUGAUCAUGUGACUGGCACUGGGCUGCUCAAGAAGCUGCUGCCAGGAACAAAGAGCUUGAUCUCUAAAUCCAGUGGAGCGGUGGCUGACAUCUAUGUUCAAGCUGACUUUGAUGUUCAGUUUGGGCGUCAUAAACUUACAGUGAGAUCCACCCCAGGGCACACCAAUGGUUGUGUGACAUUCGUGAGUUACGAGCAAGGCAUAGCCUUCACUGGUGAUGCGCUGCUCAUCAGAGGUUGUGGUCGCACUGACUUCCAGGAAGGAAAUCCUAAAACCCUCUACAACUCUGUCCAUAACCAGAUUUUUACACUUCCAGAUACUUUUAAGCUUUACCCGGCACAUGACUACAAAGGUCAGACGAGUACAACAGUUGGCGAAGAGAAGCAUUACAAUCCGCGGCUCACCAAGCCACUGGAUGAAUUUAUCAAAAUAAUGGAGAAUCUUAACCUACCUCAUCCAAAAAUGAUUGACAGAGCUGUUCCAGCAAACAGAGUGUGUGGUCUGCAUGACGUGCCCUGAGCAGACCCCCUGUCAGAUAAGUUCUGUAGUGGUAGAGUAUUGGUUAUCGUAACUACUGUUCCAUGUGUCUUGUUGCAUACCAAGUCUGAGAAAUUGUUAUUAAUAUUUUCUAAAUAUAUAUUUUUGUUACUGUUAUAUGUGAUAUAUUUUUAUACUGUAAUGAUUACAUCAUUGAGCUUUUUAUGGAACUUUGUUAGACUCUUUUGUAAGAUUCUAACUGUUUAUUUCUUUUAUUCUAACUGCAUAGGAAAUGUAACAAUUCAAAGAUAAUAUCAGUCACAGAUUAGAUAUUCAUGAAUUCUUUCUUACAGUAGAAACAAAAUAGCUGAAAUCUAUCUCUUAGAGAAAUUUAGAGAGUAUUGAAAAAAGUUAUACAUACUGAUGUUAACAAGCGUAACUAUGAAAUAUUGUGGUCCUGCUGUUGCAUUUGUGUUACUUGUUUCACAUAUGGAACUAGGAACUUGUUCUAUCUGCUUGUAACAGAUGGAAGAUUUUUUUAAAAAAAGUUUAGUACUGCUAUGUAAAUUUAUAUUAAGUAGUAAUUUAGAAGUAAAGUAUUGAAAGACAGUGCAUUUUAUAAAAAUCAGUUGCAAGUGUCCUUGAGGAGAAAAUACGGUGUAACAGCUUGUGGAACAAUAUGUAGGCAUUUAUCAUCUGUCUGAAGAAGAGGACAAAUGAUUAGAAAUGUCAGUGUAUAAGGAUCAUACAUACAAUGUAAAAUCCUGCAAACUGUCAUAUUCAAAAUAUAUGUAAAAUGGGAUUUACAUAAA